AUGGAGGGCCUUUCGUAUCCUCUCAGGCUCUCUGCCAUCGGCGGAAGUCGUCGGAGACCGAGCUAUCAAUACUCCCCGCCGUUCGUUUCCAGGGACGCUGGAGGAGUGACGGCGGCAUCGAAGGUCGCGGCUGCGAUCGGCGUACGUGGCCCGUCGUUCUGCCGGGGAAGAGGAGGGCCCGCGAGCCGUGGGUGUUCUAUGGCGGAAGGUGGCGGCGCAGAGGCUCCCUGUGGCCUCACCGAGUUGAGCGAUGAGUCCGACUUCGAUGCCCUCCUGAGCUUCGACGGCUACAUUUCCAUUUGCGGCUUCGGUUCUCUCCUGUCUGGUGACCAGUCCGCUCUCUUCGCUUCCAAUCAGUCAUCUGAACUCUUUCGGGUUUUCGUUCUCGCCCAUGGAUUGGGCUCGGCAUCGGUCUUCACAUUUUGAAUUCUCUCGCCGGAAACAGAGAAAAGCGCCAGAAGCACGUUCCCGGAGCUGAGGAACUUCCGGGUGGCCCAGCUGCGUGGUUUCCGGCGCGUCUUCGCUCACACGGCCCCAGUCUUCUUCGAGCGAGGGAUCGCGAACGCGGAGACCGGAGAGAUAUCCAGCUUGAGUGUAGAACCCUGCGAGGGAGAAAUCCUGGUGGUCACCGUGUUUGAGAUCUACAAAACAGAGGUAGACAGGGUUCUCCCCCGGGGUUCUCACGCAUAGUUAGCUCCAUGGAUAAUCCCUUGUUCUAUCGAACUUGCAGAUCCCAUCCUUCAUCGAAAGGGAACACGAAUUCCGGUUUCUAGCGGUAAGCGGCGAACACCCAUUGCAUUUUCCCGCUUGUCUUGGCUGUUUUUUUAUGCAUAUGCUACUGAAACUCUUCCUGCACUCCAACAAUGGCUGGUUUCACAGGUGGUACCCGAGGAACCAAAUGGCUCACCUUUUGUUCGCUCGGCUGUAAGUGCACUUUCAGCCACCUGCCUUCUGAAAAACCAGCAGUCAGUUGAUUAAUUUGAUCCCACUCCUCAUCUGAGCCACUGAAUCAGGUGCUCUGUGCUCGUUACAGUGACGAUGAAUAUCUCCGUGUCAGAUGCAAAGGUAUUAAUCAUCUUUAUCCGUCUGAAUGCUCAACAUUUCCAUGUUUCUCUAUUCUAUUUCUAGUGAGGGAAUAUCAAUAUAUCAACCUCCCCUUUGUCGAUUGGAACUAUGCUCGCGGAUCCAUUUAAUUUAGAAGAUACUGUUGCGUGACUUAUAGAAAAUAAUAACGCUUGUGCUUCUAUCUAUGUGACAGCUCAAAAUCUAUGAAAAUUGUUAAAUUGGGAAACUUUGAAGGACUGUUGAAGGGCUACUGAAUAUCCAGGUUUGGUGAUACAUGGAGUUUGAGUGCUCACAAUCGGAUAUGACAUGUAUUGCAUGUUCAGUCGUUUGGACUCAUAUCAUCAAUGACAGGAUAUGUAUGCUUUUCCAAGGUUUCUGGGAUAUAUCCCUUCCAUUUCUAUCCCGCCUUAUGCCCGCCCAAUCAGUAGUUGUUAGAGGAAUCGUUCCACAGUGGAUUCCACGCUUUCCCUAGCACCACAAUUUCUCCAGAGAUUUCAUUUUUCCCCUUUUUAUUUCGAAGUCAAUUCAGAAAAUUAAUAAUUUCUAGAUUUUUUAAUUAUUUUUGUGGGUAAUCUAUCAACUACUGAAGAUCAAAUGUGGUGCCUCAGUGGCGUCUCUUCUUCUCGCAAGAUCUUACAGAUCUUGUGAAAAGUUUGAAGAGUAUCUUCAGUCUUCUCACAUGAAACUGCCCAAAUGCCAGCUCAAAAGAUAAUAAACUCUGUCCUCUGCAGCUUGGUUAACUCGCCUUCAGAACGCCACCAAGUUGAUCUUUCCUGAAUGAUCAUUACUUCCAUAUUAUGGCAGAUCAUUUCCUAUGCAAUAAUACUUCCCGUUGGUCUUUAAUAUUUUUCACUUGAAUUAUCACUGUUCCAUCCACACGAACUUGCUUAUUAGUUGAUGUCAUACAUCACCAUCGACUGUUCCAUCCACACGAACUUGCUUAUUAGUUGAUGUCAUACAUCACCAUCGAAUGUAAUGUUCUUGGCUUCCAACCUCUCCCUGUUGCGCAGGAAGUCAGGAGAUAUAUUUUCAACGAUAUGGGCGGCACAACAUUCAUAAGAUAUGGCGGGAUGAUAUUCUACCUUGUCGUGUUUAUCUUAGACACUGGUUCGCAUCACCAUACACAUUUCCUCGUCCUGCAUAUAUUUUCUGUCAAUUACGAAGAAAUAAGCUUCCCUACCACAAAUUUAUAGUCUUGUGAAAUAUAAAUAUGCAUGUUCAAAUGAGAUAUGCAAAGUCAAUGUGUAGCUCCCUGUUAGCACCAGGUAUUGUGACAUUGCGACCGUGAGCUAUUCUGAAUAGGAAGGAGGGUGAAAAUUGCUGUGUGGAGAUACAAAAUCCUUGCAUGAAAACAAGGAUUUAAACCUGUUUUUGUUACAUUAUAGCCUCAGCAAAGGUUUGACUUGGACAUAAUUGAUCAUGGUGUCAUGAAAUGGGGGAUGGGUCCUCCUGGUCGACUGAUUGAUGCUAAUUGUGGACAGCAUUUGAGAUAGUAUCUAAUCGAUCAUUUAUGUCAUGGAUUAGUUAAGCAUUUGACUCAUUUAAUACAAAGUAGGAGCACUGGAUUAAAGCGGAUAGCCUGUUGAUCUCUAUGAAAACGAUGAAUGAGGAUGUUAUAAAUCGCCUCUUUGGAAAUGUAUUUGCCUUCCGAAUUAUAUGAAUGUUGUGUAAACACAGCCUGUGGAUUACUUUUCAUGUAUUGAUCACCAAAAAUUUUAAAGUGUGAUUUUUUAAUUAAAUAUUUCAACCCAUAUGGUAAAAAUAACACAAAAUAUAUUAUCCCCUCUCCCCCCCAAGAACAAAAAAAAAGAAGAAAAAAAGAAGAAAUCCAUCAGACUCUUUCAUGGACUUCACAAUGAAUGAGGGGUGGAGAUAGUCUCUUUCCUUCACUUCUUUUUCUUUUUUUAGAAAUAUUAUCUGGGACUGGGUUUUCACCUUGCAACCGGACGAGAAAAACUACCCUGGGAAGAAACUGAUUCAAAAUAAGCAAAUUCGUUUGUAUAUCUCAAAUCGUUGAAUUCGUGUUAUAUGGUUUCUUAUAUGCUCUAUGAAAGUAAGCAAGCAAACUAACUGGCAAGCUCAUCCAGCGUAUUGGCAGCCAAAAACCUUGGACAAGAAGCCUACGACAAUUUCUUAGACCACACAUUUAUUGCCGACCGAGAAACGUCUAUCCGUCAGUACUUGUCUUCGACUGGUUCGGGCAUCAUGCAAGAGGAACCGCCUGAAGCUCUGAGGAGUCGUUAUGGAGGUUGA